CCCGGAAGUGUGCGCCAUCAUCAUCCGUAUUGUCCGGUGUGUGUGUGUUGGGGGGCUGGGUGCUGUGUGCUGUGUGCUGGUUUUGAGGUAGAUUUACCGACUUUGUUCCGUCCAAAUUUUUUGUUUUGAAGACACCGUUAAAAAAAUAGACGUGGUGACGAUGCAGAUUCUGACUCCUCGCGUUUACUGGGCUCAGCGUCACGGAGAGAUUUAUCUGCGGGUGGAACUGAGUGAUGCAAAGAACCUUGACAUCAGCCUGCAAGAAAACAACAUACUUCAGUUCAGAGCACAAGGCCAUGGAGCUAAAGGAGAUAAUGACUAUGAGUUCAGUUUGGCUUUCCUGGAGCCUGUCAGACCUGAGAUUGACCAUAAAUCCACCCAGCGUCAGGUGGACAUCAAGAUCAAGAAGCAGGAGGAGCGCUGGUGGGACCGGCUGACGCUGCAGGAAAAGAAGCCUCUGUUUCUUGGUCCUGAUUUUGACCGCUGGCUGGAUGAGUCUGACGCCGAGAUGGAGCUUCAGACUAAGGAGGAAAUGAUAAACAAGAUAAGUGUGGAGUCGAGAAUCCGUAAAGAUCCCUAUGUUGGUCUGAAGAGAGGCUACUUGUUUGUGUACAACCUGGUACAGUUCCUGGGAUUCUCCUGGAUCUUUGUUAACAUGACUGUUCGACUCUUCAUCCUUGGUCAAGAUUCAUUCUACGAUACUUUCCACACCAUGGCUGAUAUGAUGUAUUUCUGUCAAAUGAUGGCUGUGUUCGAGGUCAUUAAUCCUUUGUUGGGUCUGGUCAAGACUGGUUUUGUCCCUGCUAUGAUACAGGUGUCAGGGAGGAACGUUAUUCUGUUUGUCAUAUUUGGAAUCCUAGAGGAGAUGCAAAACAAACCUGUUGUCUUCUUCGUCUUCUACCUUUGGAGCACCAUUGAGAUCUUCAGAUACCCUUUCUACAUGCUGGCCUGCAUUGGUACAGACUGGGAGCUGUUGACGUGGCUGAGAUACAGCCUCUGGAUCCCUCUAUACCCACUAGGGGUCAUAGCUGAAGCGGUGGCUUUGGUCCAGUCUCUGCCCAUCUUUGAUGAGACCCGUUUGUUUAGCCUUCCUCUCCCUGCAGUGCUGGGGCACUCACUGAGCUUCUCCUACAUUCUGCAGCUCUACCUGGUCAUCAUGUUUCUGGGACUCUUCUUCAAUUUCCGACACCUGUCCAAGCAGAGGAGAAGACGUUACCGCUCAAGGAAAAGGAAAAUCCACUAACUGAACAGCGUGUUUACUAUUUACUCUAAACACACCCUGAACCUCUGUUCACUCAAAGCAGUUGUUUUCCUUUUUAUUGCUUUUUCUCUUUCUCCACCCUCCUUCACAUAUAUAACACAUUGACCUAACGGUGGAGCAUCGGUUUGAUUUUCCCUCCACUUGGUGAACUGUUAACCUCCUCCUGACUAAAUAGUUUAAAUCCUGACAAUUUGACAAAUUGAAAUGGCAGUUGCUGUAGUUCUGCUGUGAGUUAAAGUUGCUUUUGUUCCAUUCUAGAUGUGUAUUCACAAAAAAUGUGGCACUGUACCAAAUUUCUGCAAUACAUUUGUUGUUUUAUUUGUACCUUUCACAUUUUUUUAGAAAAUCAUGUCCUAAAAAUACUACCCCCAAAUACCUAUUAAAGGGGACAUAUUAUACCCUAUUUCCCCAUUUAAAAUAGUUCCCUGGUGUCCUAAUGAACAUGUCAGUCACAUGCUUUGGUCAAAAUACCAUAAGGAUGAAGCACCAUAGCAGUUCAAUAACCCUGCUAAACCCGCCCCUUUCAGAACGCUCGGUUUUGUGCGUGGUCCCUUUAUAUGCAAAUGAGACACAGGCAAAAACACACCCACUUCUUCCAGGGGGUUUCUGAUUUGUCCUCUUCACAACGCUCACUCACUCAGAUCCUGUUCCCUCUGCUCCAUUCGUCUCCCCCUCCCUCCACUAGUUCUCUGACAAUAUCAAUAUGGCAGAGUGCCGUCACAGGAAGAGACGUCCGACACAAGGAUCGAGCCGAACGCUGCCGAACUGUAAAUCAGUUAAAAACACUUAGGGACAGCACCGCUGAUCGCCAGCAGCGCGCGGCGAGCUGAAUAAACUGCCGCUGUAUGUGACUGAUCUCCAGCUCCAUACAGUCACCGGUCUGACUGGUGGUGAUCAGCGGUGCUGUCCCUAAGUCUUUUUAACUUAUUUUCACAGAGAGUGCCGUCACAGGAAGAGACCUCCGACACAUGGAUACUUAGGGACAGCACCGCUGAUCGCCACCACUUUUCGCCAGCGGCAAACUGCAUAAACUGAACAUACAGUCACCGGUCUGAUACAGUCACAUACAGCGGCAGUUUAGGCAGCUCGCCGCUGGCGAUCAGCGGUGGCGAUCAGCUGUGCUAUCCCUUCUUAAAAAUGUGUGUGUUUGUACGCCGGUGAAAUACAUUCACUGACUAAAUAGGCUGACCGCUGGCUGCAGUCUGAUGCGAAGUGGUGCGAACACACGAACAUGUUUGCUGACUUCAUCCGGCACAUUAGCUUCAAAUAUAAAAUCCUCUGAGGCUGGAAGUUUGUGUAAAACACUGUGCUCCACUGUGCAGCCACGAACAGCACACUUGUCCCUCCAUGUUGACAUAAUACCGCUCUUCCUCCCUCGCCUGCACUCUCGCAGGGACAAGGUGGAGCAAAGGUGGAGCUCUCGAAGUAAACUUACUGGUGGGGCGGUAACAUUCGCGGUGAAAUGCGCAUGCUGCCGUCAUAAGCGCAGAGAAUUCAACAUAGUGUGUUUUAUCGCCUAUACUUACACUAAGGGGACCACGAAAACAUGACUGAGUAUUCUUUUUCCACAAUUUGGCGACUGCUAGGGCCUUUAGAGUCCCAAAUAUAAGUAUUAAAAUGGUUAAAAAGUUGAUUUUGCAUAAUAUGUCCCCUUUAAAACAUUAACAUUUGAAUCACCGUUAACAAUCUUAGAACUGUUUAUUGCAAAUCAUUAAUCUAGAAGUCUCAAACUUGCACCUGAAGUCACAGCUCCUGAUUCUAUCUCUUGUGUGGGCAAUUUGACCUGUUCAAGGUCAUAAGGUAGUAACAGGGCUGAUCAACAGUAUAUGUAUUGCAAUGUAAUUUCCUUCAAUGUCACUAUUACAAAGGUUCAGUAUACAUAAACAUAAGAUAUUUAAAAAAUUGCGCAAACAUACUUGGGUUUUUUUUCUUGAACACACACUUGCCUUACCGCGAAUGUUUUUUGUUAGUUUUUGAUCAUAUAGAGAAGUUUAAAAUCACACUUGGGGGGUAGAAAUUAUUGUCCGACAUUUGUAGUGAUAAUUAUCAGAUUGACUGAAUUAAAUGUAUUUAUUUAUUGUAUUUUUCUUUUUUCUUUCUUAAUCUGUGGAAUUUUCAUCAGUGUGUUCUUGGCCAUGUCGUCCAUCCCUACACAGGUGUAACUAAUGAAGUCCCUAAUUACUAUGAAUACUAACACCCGCUUUACAAUGUGUAUCCAACUGUCUCCUGGAAAACAAUCUCGAGAGAUGAGAUUAGGUCUGAAGAACGUUUUUCUAAAGUAUGUGUAUAUUUGUGACAUGUUGACAUAAUAUAAAGCAGGAGAAAAGAAAGGGGAGAGAUGAGUGCAAGGCACUGAAAAAUUGAUAAGAUUUAACAUUUGAAAUUCUUAGCAUUUAACUUGCCAAUCAUUCCUGUCUGGUUUUUAAAUUUUUCUGUGAUGAAAUAUCCACUGCUUUGCUUAAUAUACUAACAAUUUAUUAAUACCCCCUUACUGAAUGUAUUAACAUUUGGAGCAUGAAUGGCAGACUUCACCCCAUUCACGUAACAAGCCCUCUGUCGGCUUAUACAGUAUGUGUAACAGACUCUGUGGCACAACGGUAGAGCUCAUUAUGUUCCGUACUGUUCAUGCUCAUACUUAAUGGUCAGAGUAAGUUUUAGCACUGACAAAUUUAGUAAUAACUUAAAUAUGUGCAUUAUCUAAUGUCACAGUCACAUCAAUGGGAAAAACCACCCACUACGUGUUUUAAUUAUUGUAACUGAAUGGCUUGAUUUUCUUUUUCUAUUUUAUAUAUUCUUGUUUCAUUUUCAGUCUGUUCACCAUUGAGCCUACAUCGUGUGUGUUUAUAUUUAUUUGUGUGGUGUGAUUUUUUUUUUUUUACUCAUCCUACAGACAAGUUCUGACUAAUGCUGCACCUGAUUGUAAGCCACAAUAAAGGUUUCCUGACCAAAUACAUUAA